UGUCUUUAAAAAAUAUAUAUAAAUAAGAAAAAGAAAGAAAGAGGGAAGAAAGGGAAGGGAAGGGGGGAAGGCAGGGAGGCAGGGAGGAGGGGGGAAGGGGAGAGGGAGGGGGAGAGGAAGCGGGAGGGGGGAGGGGAGAGGGAGGGGGGAGGGGAGGUGGGGAAGGAAGGAAGGAAAAAGACAAAACACAACUGGAAAACCCUAGGACUUGGACCCAGGGAAAGCGUUAGGGGUAAGGGGACUACACUUCCCGUGAAGCUCCGCGGCGGCUUCCCGUGAGGCUCCGCGGCGGCUUCCCGAGAGGGCCUGCGCGGCUUCCCGAGAGGGCCUGCGCGCCUUCCGCGCAAGUUUCAGCGUCAGCCCGCGAGCCCUGGCGUCGUGUAGGAGCGAAGAUGGAGAGCGGCGACGAAGUGGCCAUCGAGAGGCACCGCGUCCACUUGCGCUCCGCCACAUUGCGCGACGCCGUCCCCGCCACACUGCAUCUACUGCCCUGCGAGGUCGCGGUGGACGGGCCCGCCGCGGUGGGGCGCUUCUUCACGCCCGCCAUCCGCCAGGGCCCCGAGGGACUCGAAGUGUCGUUUCGGGGCCGCUGUCUACGGGGAGAGGAGGUGGCGGUGCCGCCUGGCCUCGUGGGAUACGUGAUGGUGACGGAAGAGAAGGAGGUGUCGAUGGGGAAGCCAGACCCCUUGCGGGAUUCCGGGACUGACGACCAAGAAGAGGAGCCGCUGGAACGGGACUUCGACCGCUUCAUUGGAGCCACUGCCAGCUUCAGCCGCUUCACCCUGUGGGGUCUGGAGACUAUCCCUGGCCCGGAUGCCAAAGUGCGUGGGGCCUUAACUUGGCCCAGCCUUGCGGCAGCGAUUCACGCACAGGCGCCCGAGGACUGAGAACCAGAACUUGAAAUUCAAAGCUGCGAUCCCUUCACAGCAGUAAACCAGCUCUUUGGAACCACUGAUUCCAUCAUCCCAAUAAAGGAGCUCUUCACAGCACCUGUGAGUCUGGGCGCCUUAGAGCCCCUAAGCCAGCAUGGGCCCCUUCCCCCUCCUUCCCCCACGAACUUUGCAUGGCUCUGGCAUAUAGAAACAAUUUAUUUAUUGCCGGGGGCAAUAGGGGUAAGAGAAGCCAGAAAUUUUUGCAGCCAGCACCCACCCCACCCCCAACUUCUACUUUACAAAAGAAAUUUUUACAAUCACCAGCCCUCUGUACAGAGCUCCCCCACCCCCCAUCUCACUGUACACAGCUGCCUGGCUCCCUCUGGUCCCUGCUUCAGAGCAGGCCUGGGCCUGUGGCCAGCUGACCUUGGAGUUGGCCUGAGCCUGGAGCUCGCCUUGGUGCCGGGCACCGAUGGGCCCCUGCUAGGCCUGUCCCCUCCUUUUCGAGCUGUCCUCAGCCCCAUCUCCCUUAGACUGCUUUGUGGGAGCUGCAGCGGGGGCGGGGUGGGCUAUCAGCCCCAGUCCUGCUGCCAUCUUGGCACUGCAGCGGGCAGUGCCCGGUCACCACUUCCCCCUCUUGCUCCAGUCCUUGGGAGUGAAGUGCAGACACUUGGAGUCGAUCCGCAGGAGCCGCUUGAGCAUGGCCCGCUCAUGGCCAUCAACGAUGUCCUCUGACAGUGUGAGGAUGUACUGGCCCUGGGCAGAGGAGAUGGAUUCAGCAGGUGGUCAGCCCACAGGGGCCUGCACUCUGCAUCCCACAUACCUGUCUCCCCUGCCUGCCUCCCUACCUUGUAGUAGUUGAUGAGAUUGAGGUACUGCAGAGUGGAGAUGACAUCCUCCUUCUUGAUGCUGGUGAUUUCACUUAUCUCACUGUGGGAGAGCAAAGGUCAGGUUCCCUGAGGACCUUCAUCUAUCCCCAGGGGCCCCGAGAGAGUGAGAAAGCCCAGCAACAGACAAGCCAUGCCAUGUACCCCCAGGUAGGCAGCGCCAGGCUCACUUGAUGGUGAUCUGUGGCCUCUCCCCGCUCUCCGACUUCAGCCCCAUCAGGAUCUCCAGGAUGGUCUGGGACCAGUAGCUUCGAUAGGAUAGGAGGCCAAGGUCUGAGAGGGGCUUCUCAGGGGUCCCUGUUUUCCCUUCCACUUUGGAGAGUUCAUAGCCUAAAGCAAUGGAGCAGGAGAGGGUGAGUAAGAGGCCACAGAUGAAUAUAAGCAACGUUUAAAAACACAGGUCGCCAAGGCAGGCUGCCUAGUUCCCAUCAUGGCCCUGCCACUUGGCAGUUCUGUGCCCUCCACUUCUGUGCCGCAGUUCCCUGAGGAAGAACUGAGUAUUCACUCUUCCCGUGUGCUGCGCACAGUGGAGGGCGUGAGGGCACCGAGAGCAGCAGCUGCAGUCAACCAUGAGGGUGAUGAGAGGCCAGUGAAGGCUUACGGGCGGGGGAUGCAGAGAAAUGGCUCAUGGGAAGAAGGUGCCUCCAGUUUUCCUUUUGCCAUCCCAGGCUCCGUGUCUGGGCAUGAAAGGAAGUGGAGACAGAUUCCUGUCUCUAAUCCAGACCUGAGAAUGCUUGAAUUCUCAAAGUCCUCCUAGCUGGGAUCUUGCGAGUGUCAGCUGCUUUAACACCUGAACGGCCUGACUGGGUGGUUGUGAGGAUGCAAGGAGAAAAGGUGCACCAAGGUGCUUCCUAAGUUGGGGAGACCAUUCCUGGUAGCCAGGUGACUGACCCCCACCGUGGCUCUUUCCCUCCAACUCGUGCAGAUAGCUGGGCACUGGGAGGCUGUCCCCAGUGAGAUCCUCAGACCCUGCACAGCCCUGAGUGGCUUCACAUCUCUCGGUCAGUGUCUUCAUUCUCCUCAGUCAGGGACCUGGGAUGUUUGUUACUUCUAGAAGCCCCUCCUAACCCUCAUAAUGGACCUUAGCCCCUUGCUGGUCCCACUCACAUCCCGUCUCCAUUGCUGUCUGAGCUCCAAGACUGAGUUUCUUCAAGCAUCCACUUGUGCUACCAGGCUGAGAAAUUCUGAGGAUGUGACCCCAUCUGGGCAUCAUUUAACCAAUAAAAUUUCUUGAAUGGACCAUAA